AUGUGCAACUAUACACAAAGAGAAUUCCGCUGCAACCACGUCCGCUGGAUCGUGUCUCGCUGGUGUCCGCUCUACGCCCGCACACAACGACGCUGCCCUCCUCACGUCACCCACUGCGAGUACAGAGGAAACGAAGUCUGUGGCGAAUGCAAGCCCUCAGCACCCAUUGUCUGGGAGAGCAUGAUCAAGCGCAACAACACGCCCGUCGGCCUCUAG